GGUCACCACCAUCAGAGCUAAAGUAGUCUUAUAAUUAUUAGCAUGCACUGUACAUAUGCAUACUAACUAUAAUGAAAGCACCGCGGGUGCUGAUGCCUCGGUGGAGGUGCCAAAGCUACAUAACAUAAAACUACUAAUAGCUAGCUUUUUAUACACACAUUGAUUAUAAUUAUCAUGAUAACAUCUUUAAUUUUGCUGCAUGCAAUCAACCGAAUAGUGGGUAAUGAUCAACCAUGAUUGUUGUUAAAAACGAUCGAUGCCAAAAGUUAAAGUCUAAAAUUAUGGCAAGUCCAGCAGAGCCUUGCAGCUCUCUACUAUACUACCAAUAGCUAGUGUUCUAAUGCAGAGCUAACUACUAAGUAGAGUAGUAACACUCGGUGAACAAGUUUUGCUACGGACUCUUCUGAAAAGGCUGCAAUAGCAUUCCAAGCUGUGCAGCUGUAUCAAAAUAGGUCUAUCCAGGCCGGGGAUGAGGCAGCACAAAAGGCCAGACUAUGCUCCAUACAGUACUUUUCAAAUUUAUGGGCUGGAUCAGUGACACUUGUAAACAUGUCCACGAGGCGAAAUUCAGGAAGAUCAGGUGCAUCAUCAGGAUUUGUGAAUGCAGCUCCAAGGCAAUCAUCCACCCUGACACUGGUGAGAAGAUCUUCAUGCCGUUCAGAAUGUCUGACCAUUUAGAACAAUUACAGUUCUGUCUAGGUAUAGUUGAUUUUAUCAACACAUCUGAAAGCUCUACUGUUGUUCGGAAGGAAACCUUUGGUGAUGGCUAUGUGGUGGUGUACUGUUGGAAUAGUUCACAGUCCAUCUUUGAAGGAGAGGUAUCGCUCAUUAUCCAACUGGAUCCACCCACCACUGCUCCCACUACACCUCCAACGUCUGAUCCACAAACAGACCCACCUCCUCCUGAUAUUGAGUCCCUGCCAACAUCAGUUAUCGCUGGUUUGGUGAUUCUGCUAUUGCUUGUGGUCACCGCCGUUGGACCUGUCUUUGUGAUUUUAAGGAAACGGAAACGAAAUGAAGUUGAGGUUCCAGAGUCAGAUGGAAGAGUGGAUUGGUCAUCAACUUUUGCAGGGAUUGAGCAGCCCAACGAAGCUUAUGCUUUAGUACUCAAGAAGAACAUUACCUAUGAGCAGAAUGAGCAGACAAAGAAACCACGGAGACAGAGGAUCGAUGACUCACAAGCCCCGGCAGCAACAGAGGGAGAGUAUGAGAGCAUUGAGCCAGUUCAUUGGUACGAGGAUGUGUUGCCUCAGGGAAAAGCAAGUCGUGCAAAUUAUGUUAACAUUAACUGAAACUUAGUUUUACCCUACCAGAUUUUAUACAGCUUUUACUUUUAUCCCACAGUUACAUGCAAUUGUACAAUGUAUCACAAUAAUUAUUAUGAUUAUACAUCAUAGAUCUAACAUGUACUAUUGUGAUCUUUACCAGUCCCUUUAAUGUGCUAGAUAACAGUCCCUAGCCCUAUAUUCAUUUUCUACUACAUAGCCAGCUUGGCACACCUAUGCUUUGAUGGAUGAUUACACUAGUUUGACAUUCCUUCUGUUUGUGGGGACAUUCACCAUAGUUGUAAAAGCCCAGCAGUUUACAAUUGAGCCUGAGUCAGUGGUACAAGCCAAGGGAUUAUUGGCAGAGUUUGAGUGCCUGUCUCCUGGAGCAGUAGAUCAUCUUUGGUUUGUGAAUGGCAUAGGGUCUACAAGCCUUACAUCUGAAAUCAGAGUAGUUGAAGGAAGUGAAGGUCGUCCCUCUGUACUGACCAUCCCAGCUAGCUCACAGUUCAACAACAGUGUCGUUCAGUGUGCAGCAGUUUCACUGAGUGGUGCAGUGUUCUCAAGAAAUGCAACAUUGAUAUUUGAGCCUGUAAUUCUUGAGGUGUUGAAUGGUGAAACCAAAAUUACCGUCUCCGUAAUGAAUAAUUUCACUAUGAAUAACCUCGCCUAUCGUGUGGACAUCUCUUUGGUGCCUCUUGUCACCAAUGAGAUGGUUGCACUUUCUCCUCUAAAUGGGAUUUAAAAUCAAGUGCAGUUUAAUUAUAAACAACUUAAGAACCACACAGUCUGUGAUAUAUUCACCUUCACUGUAACUCCAAUUACUAGUGAGUCAGGAAUGGAAGGAAGGUCCAGUGAACCAGUCACUGGGUUCUUUACACAAGUAACAGAUAAUAACAAUAUCGCUCCCCCUGUCAGUCAGGGAAGAAAUGUGUUGAGGAAAAUAGUACAUCUCGGUGGUAUGGUACCCAACUGUACCAACUUCACCUCCUACCAAGUGACCUCUGACAUAUCAGAACCCAUCCAUAAAACCAUCGAAGACCCUCAAAUGAUAAGUGUGUCUCUCUUCCCACUGACCGGAUAAUCAACAUAUCUGUGACACUUACUUCGAUCAUGGGUGUGCGCCUCAUAUUCAAGGACAUGCUAAUCAGAACAACUGAUGUUCAAGAUUUGAGUGUGGACGUUUGCCCUGAAGGAAACUGUGCGAGCAUUGAGUAUGUUGAAGGUACCAUCUCUCCCAGAGCUCUUGUCUGUGUGAUAGGUGUAUUGUCUGACAACUCAUUGGACUUAGAAAGCAUAAGACUACUGCCAAUUCGACGGAAUAUGAGUGACCAUUUUAUCAUCCCGGUGGCUGUUAGUGGAAAUUACAGUGUGAUUGCAUUUGACCUUGAGAACAACAAUUUGAGUGUACCUAGAAUUCCUAUGUCUGUGGCGGCUGACGAUGAAACUAUGUUUUUGAGUAAUGAAUCUUUCACUGAACCAAAUUCUCCACCUAAUUCUGAGGGCAUCACUGUCACUAAACUAUCAAAUGGAAGUGCUGAAGUGACCUGCACUACCACUGGCCAGAGUUGUCUGGCAUUGUUUCAAUCUAAAACCUCUCCAACCUCUCUUGAUCCGAUCGUGAUGAUUGGUUUUAUUGAACCACCUAAUGACAGAACCACUGUCACUCUUAAUGCCACUUCCGAUGUUUAUGUGGUAUAGUGUACACUUGGAACAGUGAUUCUGGUGAGACCAUCUUUGAUGGGAAGGUAUCCUUCAUUAGUCAAUUGGAGCUACCAACUGGUCCUCCCCCUACACAAUCACCUCCUGAUACUACUGGAUCUCCAGUUCCAUCGCCCAUGAUAGUACUAAUAGCAGGUAUCAUAACCGUGGUCGUGGUACUGCUUCUCCUGAUAGUCACCGUAGCUAUUGUUGUAGCCGUGGUUAUUGUGAAGAGACAAAGAGUUGAGGUUCCGGAGUCAGAUGGAAUAGUGGAUUGGUCAUCAACAGUUGCAGGAAUUGAGCAGCCCAACGAAGCUUAUGCUCCAGUACUGACGAGGAACAUUGCUUAUGAGCAGACAAAGAAACCACGGGGACAAAGGAUCGAUGACUCACAAGCCCCGGCAGCAACAGAGGGAGAGUAUGAAAGCAUUGAGCCAGUUCAUGAGUACGAGGAUGUGUUGCCUCAGGGAAAAGCAAGUCGUGCAAAUUAUGUUAACGUUAACUGACAGAUUUCCACAUUAAUUUUUAUCCCACACAUUAAUUUGUAUACCGUAUAGCGGGAAAUUUUCACCGGUGCACAUUUUCACUAUUUGCAUGGCACAGAGCUCUCAGCAGAAAUGUUCAUGGGUUUAACUUUUAGUAUUCGCGGUUCAAUGCCAGGAAACUACACCCACCAAUAGCUUUGCAUGUGAAAUACCAUUAAUUGUUAGUGGCCCUGGUAUUAGAAGUAACUGUAACUGUAUAUGAUCGAAUGUGCAUGGUUUGAUCUACAUGUAUUGUGCAUUGUACGUACUUCACCAGAAUGGACAACUGAAACACACACACAAUUUACACCUUAAUAAUAGAGGAGUACUAUAUUUGCUAUCAAAGGUAUACCCCUCCGGUAGUGAUGUCAAUAAAACUGUGUACUAGACCUAUUAGACAGUUUGAAGAGGCUAUAAGACAGAUUUCCAUUUAAUUCAUCAUGUACAUGUACUAUACUGCGUGAACGCAACCUCACUCCAGCACUUCACUACUUCAGUGCCAUUUGCAUGACUGCAUGUGAAUAAUGUGUUACUUUACUGAGUGCUGCAGCGUGAGAAUUAGUUGUGAAUUCGAGCUAUUGGGUAGAGUCCUGUGAGUUGGGAAAAAUGACCUCUAUAUAAUUAUGAUGUCUUCUCACAAUGAUGUCCUUUGCCUGGUCUAAAGUGCAUAUAGCUAUACACUUCCUGUGUGCUGUAUAUGAUUAUCAUUUGUGUAGUCUACAGUGUAUGUAUGUCAUUCUGCUUAUUUUCAAAGAUGUGUAGAUGCUUCUAUAGCUAUCAGCAAGGGACAAAGGUUCCUGUAAAAUUAUUAUUAUGAUAAUUAUGCUUAUGGCGAAAGUCCCAACAUUCCAUUAAAUUUAUCUUUCUCCAGGACUGACUUAUUCGAAGAUGCAUCUGCCCAUUCAAGCGAUGGUGUGCACGGCAUGUUUUGGAAAGACUGGCCCUCCCAGCCUCCAUAGCACUCUUCCCACAAAUACGCCAGUUGUCAUGUGGAUGCAUGGGGUAAUAGCUGUCAGUAGCUGCUUGAAAUCAUAGAAAGCAUUGGUUUUCUACAGAUUGAUGUUACUAAUUUAAAGCCUGUAUUUCGAGAGAAGCCUUCAAGGUAGACACUGAAAACAUUACUGUAGAAUCGACUAGAACAACAGUAGAAUACAUACAGUGGUUUUAUAUUUGUUCUAUAGAGGAAGUGAUAUAAUUAUGUUGAUACUUUGCACUUAAAAGUUUUGGGACUGUACUCUGUACCAUGUAGUGGUAUUAGGUCAUACAUGCAUGAUGGUUGUGUAUAUAAGCAGGUAGUUGUGCACAUUUGCAAUCACAAAUAUUCUUCAAUUAACUUUUACUGAAGCUUCACCCAAACAUCCAAACAAGUUAAAAUGACUACUGAGCUGCAAAUGGAGGCUCCACCGGCUUACUACGCCACCCCUGCUACCACCAGCAGCACUGAAGCCCCUUUCAAAUCAAUAUGGGAAGAUCAACCAGCUGCUCAAAAAGUCACAGUCCCUCAGAGUAACAGCAGCAGCGAACCCGUCAACAGAUGCCUAAUAAUAUUUGCCCUCCUUUGCUGCACUCUCUUCGGACGAAUGGCCUCCUACUAUAACACACAGGCUGUGCUGCUGUACAAAAAUAGGUCCGUCCAGGCUGGGGAUGAGGCAGCACAUAAAGCUAAAGUGUGCUCCAUAUCUGCCAUUGUGGUGGGAACUAUUGUGCUCUUUGCUGCUAUCGGAGGACUUACUGCCUGGCUUGUCCUUCGGUUUCUUUAAACAUUUUUUGUGUAUGUGUUUUUACUCGUGUACUUUUAACUCCAUUUUCAUAUAACAUCCAUGUUUUUGGAGUAGUUAUUAAUUGUCAAUCGAUGGAAAUUUUGUCAAUAUAA